AUCGGGCUGUUGUUGAGAAAACGAGGAUGACGGAAAGAACAAUGCCUCGUCGAGCAACACGCUCGAUUAUUAUGCGUGUCACAGCUCGAUUGGAAUCGCUUGUCUGUCACCACUGUUUAUUCCUCCCAAUCGUUCGUUUCUACCCCUGACCCUCCGCAGGAUUCAAUACAACUUAGGAACUGCUCGUUUUCCAGACCUUUAUAGCCAACGAUGAAUACAACGUCGGUCAUUUUUUGUCUCAUCGAAAUUCUCAUACUGAUCAUUGACGUUUGCUCAGACUGCUUCGAUGACAGCGACAUUGUUGAAAAAUUGUACUGGACAUCGAAAAACGAGUUGACAAAUACACAAUGGGAAUUUUCCAUCAUUGGCAGAAGGGUCCCCUGGAGCGUUGGAAAAAUGCUGUGCUCUUCUAGAAAUUUUGGAAAAGCAGCACGAAACGAGGGCCCAAUCGACGAUGCUUUUUUACCAGACAUUCCAACUACAGUGAAGAGCAAUUGGAAAAAUAUUGGGAUCAGUGGAUUGGCUGUUUUGGACGGAGCUAACGUGACAAUGUGGCUUGCUAGAAAGCUCUCCGAAUCGAAUUAUCAAUAUGAUGGUUUGUGGAUCGGAGGUCACAGAAAAAACGCUGAAAACAAUUGGACGUGGAUAGAAUCAGAAGGGAAUAACGAAACUCCAGUCGCCUCUACGUCGAUAGCUUCCAACUAUCCAAAAUGGUACAGAACCGACAAAGUGCCGGAAGAUGCUUCGAAAAAUUGUUUAAUUUUCGAAAGAACGGGUCACAACCUUCCAAUACUUGUGCCAACGAACUGUAAGAAGAAAAAACCAUUCGUGUGUUCAAGAAUCGUGAAAAAAAAUCUUCGUCCAAAAAUCGUCCAAGGAGAAAGCGUCAUCGCGGAUGGUUCUCGUUACACGUUAUUCACUGUCAACGAAGGCGAUGAAAUGACAUUGAAAGCGAAUGCAGGUUUUCGUCGAUUGAACGGUGGCGGUGUCACAUGGAUCGAGGCGCGUUUCGAAUGUCGCAAGAGAGGGCAAUAUCUCGCCACGGUGUUGAGCAACGAGGCUGUCAAGAAAAUUGCAUCCGUUAUGCUUAAGAGCCGACCAUCAAUAGAAAGUGUCUGGUUGGAUGCAUGGAGCAGCCAUGGUACCGAAUGGAAAUGGUCCUCAUCAGGUUUGACUUUGUCUCCGAGUCGAUCUGCAUCUUCGCAUUACCCGCCUUGGCUGCAAGGGCAUCCAGUACCAAUUUUAAAUCAUGAGAUCCAUGAGACGAAUGAAGGACACAGCAGAUGCUUGGUUCUCGAUCGUCAUCUUUGUCCUCAGCACAUGAGUCCUGUUUUCCUAGAUUUGGAUUGCGAAAAAAGCCGACCUUUCGUCUGUCAGGAUGGUGCAGGCAUUUUUGGUCGACAAUCCGGUCCAAAAAUCACUGAAACAUUAACCAGCAACUCGUUUUCGGUGGAUGAUCACAAUUUUCAGUUCUCCAGUGACCGCAUGACUUGGAACGAAGCCCAAGUUUAUUGUUCGAAAAACACUGGCAAAGUGGCCAGCAUCCUCGAUUCAAAGACAUUGGCAAUGAUUCUUGAAAGAAUGGCGGAUUCAUAUCUAGAUCACGUUUGGGUAGGAGGUAAGACGUUCGAAACAAAUGAAGGUUGGAAAUGGUUCGACGAGACUGGCAAGCCGCUAAAAAGCGAAGGAAUUGGGAUGCCGUGUUCCUGGUGUUUCGGUAACGACGACACUGUAAUGUUGAAAGCAGAGCCUAACAGCUGUUUGAACCUUGAUCGCGAAGGUCACGGUUUGCCGUUGUUCUAUGGACUUUCUUGUAACUCCACGAGACAACACGUUCUUUGCGGUUUUGACAACGUUUCAAGAUCAGAUUCGGAUUUACGUACGAGUGGAAGCGAUCGUGUAUCAGAUGAUUCGAAAAGGACAAAUUUUGGCUCGAGAUCAGUGACGUUGAGUCGAAAAUUGAAAAAUGAAACAAUCGAAUUAAAACCAAUGAAAUCAGAUCACACAUUUUUAUAUACUGAUGCCAACGGACGAAAGAUUAACACAAUUUUAAGGGCGGAGCUUGGUGAAAAUGAUCUUUCUAAUCGUAUGACUCAAUUUAGGCUCGUGAGGCACGAUACCACUGAAUCUAACACAACGAGCGUUUCGUCGAAAAACAAAACGAAAGACGGCACGAGGGCCGAAGAUUUUGAUGAAAGUACAAAAACAUUACUACCUACGAGUAGUUACAAUAUUUCUGGAAACGAUUCGGCGCUUGGCCUUUGAACUUAAGAUCGCCGAUUUUCCAAAUAAUUCUAUAAUCAAGAGGAUCAAUGAUACAUACGCAACGUUUUUAAAUUACAAAAUAAAUUAAAAUUUCUAUUAGAUCGAAUCGAGAGUAGCGUGAUGAAAUUUGCCAUUAUUAUUACAUUUUUUUUCAAAUUAACAGGCGUUGAAUGGCGCUAGUUAUUUUAAAUAUUUUCAAAUCAUUUUCAGGUUAUGCCACAUUAAUUAAUUCAGAUGUUAUGACAUGCAAAAAAUCAAUUUGAAAACUUCUUCAACCAUGAUUUUUCCUUUUAUGUGGACUAAUUUAUUCCGAAAAAUAAAACUUGUACAAUCAUAAUUACGAUUUGAUUGAGCAAUUAUUGUUUGAAACAACAAAUGUUUUCAAACAACCACCGGCAACUUGACAGGAAAAUUCUGGACAAGAAAAAUGUCGGGUAUGGCGCAUUAUUACUCACCGUGCAUAUUCCCCAUUGAAAUUUUGCAUUGGCAUCACUGGGCUUGAACACGAAGAUUCAUAGAGAGGCAUGAUACUAUAUAUAAUAGAAAAUAUUUUUCUGUUUUAUCAUUCGUUUAAGUAUUAAUGAAUAUGUAGUAUACAGAUAGAGCGUCGGGUUGUAUUUUUUGGAGUCAGCAGCGCUGAUCACUCGCUAAUUCAAAUAUUGAAGUGCUGCAUGAGCACUUGAAGAAAAAAGAUACGACGACAGAGAUUCUCAACUUUGUUGACAGUCGAGUAAAGACACAUUUACAUCUUUACCAGAAACAUUUCAACGAAAAUUUGCACAACUACCACCAUAUAUCAACUCUGCAAAACAUGCUAUUCGUAAAUCUAUAAAUCGCAACGACUGUA